UCUGUCCUUGUCCUGCUUGACUUCUUCGCCAGCUACAAACUGCCUUAGCCACAGCACUCACAGCCUCCUGGAGCCUAGAUCGCAACGAAGCUUUCCUAAGCAGCCAUUUUCCGAUCACGGUACUCAUUUGACCUCAACACAGCGCCACCAGCAGGAGAAUACCUAACUUACGAAGUCUCUGAAGCCGGCCAGAGCCAGAGAGGGAUAUACUGUAGAAGAGCCUCCUUCGAUAUCGAUCACGUCUUUACUUCCGUCCUUGUAAUCCAUCGAGCCAGCCAGACACGAAACAUAUUAGAGGCGGCAAGAUGAGCAGUCCGAAGCGUCGGAUCGAGACAGAUGUCAUGAAGAUGCUAAUGAGCGACUAUGAGGUAACUCUGGUCAAUGACAACAUGCAAGAGUUCUACGUUCGGUUCAAGGGUCCUGAAGAGACACCAUUCCAAGGUGGUCUCUGGAAGAUCCAUGUUGAACUACCUGACCAGUACCCAUACAAGAGUCCCAGUAUUGGCUUCGUAAACCGUAUAUUCCAUCCCAACAUUGAUGAGCUGUCCGGCUCUGUCUGUCUCGAUGUUAUCAACCAAACAUGGUCGCCCAUGUACGACAUGGUCAAUAUCUUCGAAGUCUUCCUGCCUCAACUCCUUCGUUACCCAAAUCCGACGGAUCCACUCAACGGCGAAGCAGCGGCUUUGCUCAUGCGAGAGCCAAAGAGCUACGACGCGAAAGUCAAGGAAUAUGUGGUCAAAUACGCCUCCAAAGAUGCUGCUGAUGAGGCCGACGAGGAUAGCGGGGAGGACGACGAGAUGAGCUCUGUCGGGAGCUACGAGUCCGGCGAUGAAGAGCCAACGGGAAACAUGGACGAGAUCUGAAGUCGUCUUUUGGGGUCACAUACGAGUCCCAGCAUUCUAUAGCGUAUAAGCAAUUUUCAUUGGUUUUGUCUAGCCGCAAUAGGCUCCGGUGUUUUAUUCAGGAGAACUGGCUUCGGGAUCUGGGUAUUUCAAGGGGCGUUUGGCUGGCCGACACUCUCCUCUUCUUCAUGACUGGAGGCAUGCCUGAUAUAAGUCUGGCUCAAGAAUCUCUGAAUCGAGCAAGCCUGGGACAUAGCAGGAACACAAUAGGCCAUAUCAUUCAAUGCAAUAUUAUCAGUAUAGUUACGUGUAUAGCUUAGCAAUGUCGAUGACAAUUUCAGUA